GUGUUGAGAGCGUUAGAACGGCACGUGCCGUUGAAAGGCGUUACAACGCCUUGUAACGGGUUACAACGCUUCCGCAGUGUUUUCCGACAUACCUUAUUCUUAGAGCUCGGGUCGGGCAGCGACCGUUUCUCAAUCUCUGAUUCGCUCAUCGGUUCGCACUUUAAGGUAUCGGUACCGACUCAUUUUAGUUCGCACGAUGACCCUUGUGUUCUUAACACUCAUGGAUCCUUUACGUUUUCUCAGUCCUUUUGUCCGACUCUUCGCUUUCUCCAAUGCCGCUCGAUUCUUCAUUGGGCUUUGGGGUGAGUUACGAUCGAGCCACUCCGAUUGGUCGCCUCGCCUUUCUUGCUCUCAUUGGCUCGCCUCGCUUUUUCUCACUUUUUGUUUUUGGCCUCGCAAAUCUCGCCCAGCGAUGCCUUCGCUCACCUCAUCGUUGGUGGCGUUAACUCUUACGUUGUCUUCACUCGCCUCACUCAGGCGGCAUCUAUGUACACAACAGCCAAGAAUCACUCCCAUCUCGAGCGCUACGGACUUUGACCUCUUGACCUCGUUCCGAUGUAUGGUGUUCCAGAGGUGGAAUAUAGUGCCCUGUCCAUGCCUCACCUUCCCACUUGAAAGAGACUGCGUAGCAAUGCCCAUUCUACACUUUAACCCGGGUGUGCACCUCAAUGAUGACUUGGACAGAACAAAGAUUGAGAAGGCAGUGCCCACGACUCAGGAUCAAGUGGUGCAGUAACGACUAGGCAUCCUCACUGGCUUACACAGUAAGGCUCGGGUGCGCUCUACGGCACUGAUUGAAAUGUCCCUCGCGCAAGUAUUCUUCUGAAUGGUACCACACUCCCGUGAGGCUUGAGCACUGAAAGAGUCAACGACCCUCCGGUGUACGUUGCUUAAACACCGACCUGGAAUACUAAACGAUCUACCUUUGUACGGUGAAACUGUUCAC